AGCUCACAAGUAGCAAUAUAUGAGGCGAGAGUCCUAUUCCAUGCAUAAUUAAGAAUCACAUGACAUCUCCCAAAGACUAAGGAGUUGCUCCCCUAGUUUCUUCCACCUUUCGUCUGGUCUAUCCUUAUUAGCUUGUUGGUUCUUCCUCUUUCUCUCUCCAUGGCCCUCGCCAAGGAGCGAACACUAGAAGGCUCGCAAACCCGUUCACUCUACGGGAAAGCGCAUGGAGGAGGGCCCUCCCUUCAAGGGUUGGAUCCUUCUUCGCUUCAGGUGUUCAGCUACAAGGGCCACAACAGCGCGGUGCUUGAAGAUGGAGAAGGCUCGGAGUCCCCUGGGAGCUACUCUGGGGAUCUUGUUCCUAUGUCGUCCGAUCCCAGCAACUCCUCGAGCGGUAGCUUCGUGUUCGGGCCAGUGGACGCUUCGCUUCUAGAGGCCCGUUCCGUCGUCAACUUCAAGGCAGCGGCCGACCAUUGGGCAUGCUCGGGCUCUUCGGUGCUUAGCUUUGAGCAAGGGGAUACGGCACUCUGCAGUGACUACCAAAACAUUGAUCAAGAAGGACCCGGCAAGGAGCAGUUCGGGCUGCUAUACCGGGGUUUGGCUGCUGACGAUGGUCUUCAAGAGAAUGCUGAGCAAGAGAAUGGCAUCCAAAAGCGCCCUUACACGGGUGGUGAUUCGCAAGCCUCCAAGAAGCACUGUGGCAACACGAGGAAAACAAAGGCCAAGCCUGGUCCAUCCAAGGAUCCCCAGAGUAUUGCAGCGAAGAACCGGCGGGAGCGGAUCAGCGAACGGCUCAAGAUUCUACAAGAUCUAGUGCCCAAUGGCUCGAAGGUUGAUUUGGUUACUAUGCUAGAGAAAGCCAUUACCUAUGUUAAGUUCCUCCAAUUGCAAGUGAAGGUGCUGGCAACUGAUGAGUUCUGGCCAGCACAAGGUGGGAAAGCACCAGAUGUGUCUCAAGUGAAGGAUGCCAUCGAUGCCAUCUUGUCUUCUCACAGAAAUAGGAACUCUAGCUCCGAGUAAUAGACCGUUCACAGGAAGAAGUCAAGAAGACGCAAGAGAAGAGGACCUCACCAGAAGAAAUAAAAAAAAAGGGAACCUCCACAUGCCAAGAAAAUAUAAAUGCAUGCUUUGGAGCUUAGUGCUGACGACAAAAAAAGAAUAGGGUUUUUACGUCCUUUCAUUGUUGAGGCGCCCUCUUUCUUAAGUUUAUGUAAUAUUUUUUUGAUGUAAUGGAACUGCUUUGAACUGAACCUCAACGAUUUCAGAGAGGAGCUAGUUUUGAGUUAUGUGCGACUGAGGAAUACCAAAAAAAAAAAGUCCUAAUUUUUUUCCCCUUGUUCAA